AGCACCGUUUGAAAUACUCUUAGCUCCCGUUCGUCGGCGCUAUCGUCUCAAGCGCGUCAAUUGUGCACUAACCUUUGUGCUUUCCAGUCUUUGCAAACGUAUCAGAAUUAUACUGUACCAGCAUCGGGCUUCAGCAAUGGCAAAGGCAAUUUUUCAAUACUGCAAUUGCCAUUGCCGACGGGAACUACGUUUCUACUCGUCAUGUCUGACGCUACCGGGUUUGGUUCGGGCGGGACGACAAACAUAUUAACUGUCGGGAGUGCAGUUGGAGAGAACGUUUGCAGCACUGCAGUUUUGUCACCUCCUUACACGUUCCAGUUGGAUCCACUUCCGCCGAUACAAUGCAGUCCAUUUACCCUUCUGGCUCAAAGUACUGCAGUCCUGCCCAUGACUAUUGUGCAACUUAUUCCUGGCGGACAAGUGACUGUAUUCUAUUCCAAUAACGACAGUUUUACCUCAGUCACAGAUGUUGCUGGAGGGACGAACCUCAUGUAUUUUGUCACCGACUCCUUGGGCAGACAAGGUGGGGCCUCUGGGUUCGAACAGGUGGUAGGGACCGGUAAUUUCUCGUGCAUAAGCACCACCUCGCCGUCAAUCACUGCAGGCAUAUUAUCUACGACUACGACUUCAUCUACUUCAAGCAGUUCAGCAAGUAGUUCGACUACAACUGGUACAUCAAGCAACGAUGUUGCUAUUAUCGCGGGCACAGUGGGCGGCAGUGCGGUGGUCCUUAUAGCAUCGGUCAUACUCGGCAUGUGCUUGUGGCGUAAACGGAGAGCAUCUCGCUCUGCGGACGUUCGGUCUCCCACACAAAGCUAUCCAGGUCAACUGCAGCGUACAGAUCCAAAUUACAAAGUCAGCCCUCACAGCGACAUUCCGUCGCCAUUCCCUUUCCCAUCCGAAACACAAACCUACUAUGUCCGACCCAUUCAACACAGCCUGGGAGCCCAGUCAGAUAUGACCAAUUCGUCCGCCGGCAACUUCGCACUUGGUGCACAUGCCUCAUCAUUCAACCAGACACAAUAUUCGCGCCAGAGCUCUAACACAGACUCUCCUGUCUACGGGGAUGUUCGUUCGACUGUGUCAUCCGCUUACAACCGUCAAUCACCCCCGUCUUUCGGAAACUUCACUACCAACGAUCCUCGCACACCAUUCAAUCAGGCAUUGCAUUCACGCCAGGGCUCAAACGCAGACUCUGCUGCGUAUGGAGACACUCAAAAUUUGGCUAUGUCAUCUGUUGACAGACGGAUGACUACCGUCGCUGAAAGUCCAUCACAAUUAUCACAGGAGGCAGAUCCUGUUAGCUACCUUGGUCCACCCAUCCAAUCUGGAUUGCAAUCAAGCCCCCUUAAUGCGCUUGCCACCAACUUGGCGGCUAGGGACCAUCAUGCGCCCUUCAAUCAGGCACAGCCUUGGCACCAGAGCUCUAACACAGACUUCGCUCCAUAUGGAGAUGCUCAAAUGUCGGAUGUGGCACCCGUCGAGUAUAUGGCUGUGGGGGCUCGACCAGCAUCACGGAAGACAGUCCCUGUCUACAUUACUCCACCCGUCCAACCCGGGAUCCAAUCAAUUGCUACCUCUGCGGACAAUGUCACAGUUAAGAACCCCCUCACACCCUUGAAUCAGACACAAAAUUUCUCUCAGAGCCCUGACACAGACAGCUUAGCUGUGCACGAAGCAUCUGGAGGUCAAACUAUGGCGUCGGCUAACGCGCAAACUGGCGCUGAUAAUGUUGUACCAGGCAACAAUGAUUCGGUUGAACCUCCGCCGCAGUAUUCAGAUGGUCGGGGAGUACCUGUCUUAUAAUUUGAGUCUGCGUCAUGGCUAUGUCCUCACUCUUGAAUCUUCGGAAAUGGACGGGUAUGUCUAUUAGCGCGUUCUUUUGCACAUGAUUUUAUUUCGUUCCAGUUUUUCAAGCCUGUCUUCAGUAAUGAAGUACAAGGUCUACUUUGAUUUGGUCCCUAUGUAUGACAAUCUUUCUCGAGCGUCUUAUGAUAUAUAUAUACUUUAGUCACACACUAGGAAAUAUGGUCUCAUCUCCAAGAUAUCGAUACUGUAGAUAAUCACGGGUCAAUUCGAGCAAUGGUUAAUCGAAAUCUUUCAACUCC